AUGAACGUUUUAUUGCAAUUUUUAUUAAUAUCACAGACCCUUUCGACACUAGUUAGUGGAGCUGCUCUUGUAAAAAGGGCUCCUACAACAAUUUUACAAGUGACUACAGGUACCACCACAAAAUUGGUUCCUUUCACAACGGUGCUAACAUCAGUCUAUGCUACAACCGGUGUCGUUACUCAAACUAAAAUUGGUACUUCCACGAAUGUAAUCACCAAUGAAAGUGAAGUCACUGAACUAAUCACUUACACUGACACUCAAACAUUCACAACAACAGAAUUAAUUACCGAGACACAAACAGUUCUAUCAACAGAAACCGUGUUACAAAUUUUGACCACUACAAAUACCGAAACUAUUACUAAAUUAGAAACUUUACCUCAAAUUGAAACUAUUACCACCGAAGAUGUAUAUGUCAUUACAAAUGCGGAGACCGUUGAAAGUACACAAGAUGUGGAAAUCAUGGUAACCGAGGUAUCUACAUCUAUUUCAUUAAGUAAAUCACAAUCGACAACAUCGACCAGAAGUACUACAACCGUUUUCAACUAUGUGCCAUUUGUGAUCACAGAAUUGAUCUUUCAUACAACGACUGUUAUUGAAGCAGAAACUACGUACACUUCUGUUUCUACAGAAAGGAUUCCUAUUACAAAUAGUGAUAGGACAGUAACACUAACAGAAGUUUGGGUUAAUAUUGAUUACUUGUACCCAAUUUAUACUUUUACUGAAUUUAUUCCAAUAACCAAAGUGCAGACAACCACAAGUACUACCGUCGAAACAAUUGUUAGUACUCAAAAAGAAACUUCGACUUCGACUUCUACUUUUACUACUACUACAGGCACAAUUACAAACACUAAUCUAGAUUAUGUCACUACUGCUGUAACAGAGACGACCACAGAGUUAGUCCCAACUUCUGUUAUUAUAUAUUCUGACGCAACUACUACGAUAUUUAGUGAAGCGACCUUAACCCUUGUUUCAACUGGUGUCAUCACUAAAGUUUACACAACCACAAUAGAUAGUGAAUUCACCGAGAUUACCACCGGUAGUACUACUGGUAACGUGACUCAAAUUAAUACUGCAACUAUUACAAACGCUAUAACUGAAACGACGACAGGCACUAUUACAAUAGUUACUGAUGACGGUAAAUCUAGUAGUUACAACGUAACUUCUAGUACCGACGAUGGUAAAUCUAGUUAUUAUAAUUCAACUUCUAGUACCGACGAUGGUAAAUCUAGUUAUUAUGAUUCAACUUCUAGUACAGAUUUUGAUGGAAUUUCAAAGUGUACCUCAAGUGGUGUCUCUUUAAUUUCUUCAAAGACAUCCAAUGUUGUAUCUGAUUCAAAAUCAAAAACAGAUAGUAAUGGAUUGACUAAAACUACCGAUAUAACUAGUAACGACGUGGUCAAAACUACUACUAUAACAAGUAACGGUAUGACAAUAACUACUGUCAUAUGUAAUGGUGCUUGUAAACAGACAACUGGAAAAUCUAGUGUUGUAGUUUCUGAAUAUGACUCUACAUAUGGUUCAGGAAAUGAUAACAACAUCCACACUACCAAGAGUGCACAUGAAUCAACAAACGUUUUGUCUGUGGUAACAUCUGUUAGUACAAGAUCUGAAUCUACUCUAUUUGGUUAUGAAGGUAUGGCAAUGACUCUAAAGGCAUCGCUUACUUCUUCUGUUAUAAUAAUGAUGUCAAUGUAUUUCUUAUAA